AUGUCUUCUCGUCGUUCAGCCCUUCAGCAACUGGCGCGGCGAGCUGAUGGCACCUCUGCUGUCCCGGAGUGCUCGGGAUGGGGCACCGACUUGGGCAACAUGGACCUGCGCAUCGCGUCCGUGUUCAUCAUUCUUGUCGGCUCUCUGCUGGGUGUCUCCCUGCCCAUGCUCCUCGCACGCACCCCGAGCCACUGGCGGAUCUCAAAGGUGACCCUCUUCGUAUGCAAGUACGUCGGCAGCGGUGUCAUCCUCUCGACCGCGUUUAUGCACCUUUUGUCGCCCGCCGUCCAGAAUCUGUCCGACGCCUGUCUCAGCGACCGCCUCCCCGACUACGACUGGGGCCACGCCAUCUGCCUGAUGACCAUCAUGGUCAUGUUCGCGAUCGAGCUCCUGGGUUCUCGGUUCAGCUUUGACUUUGGCCACUCACACGAAUCUGCUCCAUCGACAGCAAGAGCAGGAGCAGCAGCAUCGCCGAUAUCGCCGCCUUUGCGGGAACCGCUAUCCCCAGCUGACCGGAAACAGUACAGCUGCAGCUCUCUUAGCGCCUUUGGAUUGGAUGGAGUCGACGACCGCGGCAACUGUCGCGAGAUAAGCGAAAGCAGCAGCACCGUGGGCAGCAACGACAUCCGUGCCAACGCCACUGCGCACAUCAGGAACGGACUGUCCCUAUCUGUGGACCUGGAGUCGGCCGUCAGCGAAAGUCAGCGUAGCAGCGAGACAGAGCCGGCGAAAGCAGUGGAGCUUCUCUACCCGCCACACAUCAUGAAAAGCGUGUCGCAUGUGACCGACAACGGCCAACCCGGCAACAACAGCACGCUGCCGGGAUGCGAGGAGCACCUGGCCCACGAUGGCGACCACACCGAAGGCAACUCGCACAAUAGCUCCAGCAGUCAGAUAGUGUCGCUGCUGAUCCUCGAGUUUGGCAUUGUGUUCCACUCGCUCUUCAUCGGGCUGACGCUGGCGGGGACGGAUAAUCUCAAGAUUCUGCUGAUCGUCAUCGCCUUCCACCAGUUCUUCGAGGGCCUCGGUCUGGGUUCGCGUCUGGCCCAGGCGACCUGGCCGUCCAACUGGAAGACUUGGUCCGGCCCUCUGAUGGGGCUGGGCUUCAGCCUGACGACACCCAUCGGCAUCGCCAUCGGUCUGGGCGUCAACAAGGGCCUGGCGUCCAACCCGGCCGUGGCCCAGCUGGUCAACGGCGUGUUUGACGCAAUCAGCUCGGGGAUUCUCGUGUACACCGCACUGGUGGAGCUGAUGGCACAUGAAUUCAUGUUCAACCCGGAAAUGCGGGACGCUGAGCUGGCUGCCCAGCUCCUUGCCUACGGAUGUGUGGCAGUCGGGGUGGCCAUCAUGGCCAUAUUGGCAAAGUGGGCUUAA